AUGGUCAAGGCGAAGAAGUUGUUACUCAAGUACGCCAAUGUUUUCUCGUCAAACGAAGCUGACAUAGGAAAGACUGGCUUAGUUCAACACAAAAUAAACACAGGACAAGAAUUGCCUAUUCGUCAGCGGCCAAGAAGAUUGCCUGUAGCACGUGAAAAGGAAGUGGAAACCAUGAUUGAGGGAAUGGUGAAGGAUGGUGUUAUUGAACCUUCAUCUAGUCCAUGGUGUUCACCUGUGGUGCUGGUAAAGAAGAAGGACGGCAGCAUGCGGUUUUGUGUUGACUACCGCCGCCUGAACGACGUUACGAAGAAGGACAGCUAUCCCUUGCCUAGAAUUGAUGACACGCUGGACAUGCUCACAGGCGUAAAGUGGUUUAGUACGCUGGAUCUGAAAAGUGGCUACUGGCAGGUUGAAAUUGACCCUAAGGACAAAGAGAAAACUGCAUUCUCCACAGGAAAGGGUCUGUGGCAAUUUAAAGUCAUGCCGUUUGGAUUGUGCAAUGCUCCAGCAACGUUUGAAAGGUUGAUGGAGCUUGUACUUACCGGGCUAAUUGGAGAUGCCUGUCUCGUCUAUUUGGAUGACAUCAUCAUCGUAGGUCGUACGUUUGAGGAACACCUUCAAAACCUGGAACGCGUGCUCAUGAAGAUCCAGAGUGCCAACCUCAAGUUGAGUCCAAAGAAGUGCUCACUAUUCAAACGGCAAGUUAGUUUUUUGGGGUAUGUAGUGUCGGAAGAAGGUAUCCGCACGGAUCCAGAGAAAAUUGCCGCUGUCAAGGAGUGGCCGGUCCCAAAAGACAAGACACAGGUUAGAGCAUUUUUGGGUUUGUGCUCUUAUUAUCGGCGAUUUGUGAAGAACUUUGCAGAUAUAGCCAAACCUCUGCACAAGCUAACCGAGGAGAAGCGACAAUUCUGCUGGGAUGAAAGUUGCGAUAUUGCAUUCCAGGAGCUCAAGAACCGUCUGUGCAAAACACCUAUUUUGGGGUACCCUGAUGCGGGCAAGGAAUUUAUAGUUGACACAGACGCAGGUGAUAUAGGACUUGGCGGUGUGUUGUCUCAACGAAAUGGUGAUCAAGAGAUUGUGAUAGCGUACUUCAGCAAGUCGUUGUCAAAGCCGGAAAGGAACUAUUGUGUCACAAGACGGGAAUUGCUUGCUGUGGUAAAGUCCUUGCAGCAUUUUAGCAAAUAUCUUCUAGGGCGGAAAUUCCACUUACGAACUGACCAUGCUGCACUGAAAUGGCUAUUGCAGUUCAAAAAUCCGGAAGGGCAAGUUGCGAGAUGGAUUGAACUACUGCAGGAAUACGACUUUGUGAUCGAACAUCGCAGCGGGAAAUCUCAUGGCAAUGCAGAUGCAUUGUCAAGAAGACCUUGCCCUGAAGAUUGCAAGCAUUGUACUAGGCAAGAGGGUAAGGAAGUGGUAUCUGUGAGGAUGCUCAGGACAGACCAGCUCAGCAAUGAGUGGAAGGACAGCCUACAACAUGCACAGCAGGAAGAUUCGGAUAUUAAGCCGAUUCUGGAAUGGAUGAAGACCAGUGCUCCUAAGCCCAAGUGGAGCGACGUCUCAGCAAUGAGUUCGACCACGAAAAGCUAUUGGGCCCAAUGGGACAGCUUGCUGAUUCAGGAUGGAGUCCUGUGCCGUAAAUGGGAAAAUGGUCAGGGAGACAGUUGUCAUUUGCAAAUGGUUGUCCCUAAGGCCACCUGGGAGUUAAACCCACUCUACUGA